AUGGCGACUGUGAUGGCCAUGGGCUCCUUCGCCGGUGCCGCCGUCCUGCCGCGGGGCUCGGCUGGCCGCUUCGGCGCCCGGUCUCUGCCAGCGCUGGGCCGACGCACCCUCAUCGUCAGGGCACAGACAAACAAACCCAAGACGAGCACCUCAAUCUGGAACGCGCUGGCGUUCAGCGGCCCUGCGCCGGAGCGAAUCAACGGGCGCCUUGCCAUGGUAGGCUUCGUGACGGCGCUUGGGGUGGAGGCAGGGCGCGGCGACGGGCUCCUCUCGCAGCUCGGCAGUGGCACCGGGCAGGCGUGGUUCGCCUACUGUGUGGCGGUGCUGUCCGUGGUGUCACUGGUGCCGUUGCUCCAGGGCGAGAGCGCCGAGGGCAGAGCCGGCGCCAUCAUGAACGCCAACGCGGAGCUCUGGAACGGCCGCUUCGCCAUGCUCGGCCUCGUCGCGCUCGCCGCCACCGAGAUCAUCACCGGCGCGCCUUUUAUCAACGUGUAA